AGGCACCAAUCAAUAGAAGCACUGCGGUGCGGCACUCUCCCACUCGCAGCAACAACUUCUAGAGGGCUGACACUUCAGUGCGCUUCUCUCUCUAACUUUCAGCGCCGCUUCUCUUUGACUUCAGCGAGCUCUUCGUCUCUCUAAGAUGUGCAGACGAGAUUCCUUAGACUUUCAUCGAUUAUGCCAAUGAGUUUCCACAUAGACUUAACAUAGACUAUUUCCCCCCCUCCUCUACGUAUAUAACUGAACAAGACCUAACUCAACUCACAGCUGGUGAGAAUAUGUGGCAAUCGGUGAACGGCAUGGGCUGUCUUUGGUCCUCCAAGGAUAAACAGCGUGGAUUAAACACGAAUUAAUGUGGAAUUUAUCGGAGCUCAAAGGUGGAACGACGACCGGACACAGCGCUUUCUCGUCAGGGACUGACUGAUCAUGGUCGCCGUGGUCCGCUCUCUCAUGGUACUGCUGCUCGCUCAGGUGUUGCUGGAAGGUGCUGCGGGACUCAUCCCCGAGGUCGGCCGGAGGAAGUACAGCGAAUCUGGGAAGCAGAGCCCGGAGCGGUCGGAGAGCUUCCUCAACGAGUUCGAGCUUCGGCUUCUCAACAUGUUCGGGUUGGGGCGCAGACCCACCCCCAGCAAGCACGCCGUGGUGCCACAAUACAUGGUGGACCUUUACCACAUGCACUCUGCGAACGGAGACCACAGCACUAAACGACCCAAGAGCAUGGGCAAGCACGCAGAGAGGGCCGCCAGCAAGGCCAACACGAUUAGAAGCUUUCACCAUGAAGAAUCAAUGGAGGCACUGGCCAGCCUGAAAAGCAAAACAACCCAGCAAUUCUACUUCAACCUCACGUCUAUCCCUAAAGAGGAGCUCAUAACCUCUGCAGAGCUCCGCAUUUACAGGGAUCAGGUCAUCGGAGCGGCACCUCCUAAGAACAGCAGCUCUACUAGUGGUGCUCUUGCUGGAGGCCUCCAUCGUAUCAACAUCUACGAGAUCUUCAGAGUACCAAUAGGCACAGAACCUCUGGUCCGUCUGCUAGACACCAGGCUGGUUCAGGACUCUUUGAGCCGCUGGGAGAGUUUUGACGUGAGUCCUGCUGUAUCUGAAUGGACUUCAGGGAAUGGCCCGAAUCAUGGCUUCAUGGUGGAGGUGCUUCAUCCAGAGCAGACAGAGAAGGCUGCAGAGCAUUCCCAGAGAAGAAACAGGCACGUCAGGGUGAGCCGGUCCCUGCACCAGGACCAGGAUUCAUGGCCUCAGGCUCGGCCCCUGCUGGUAACAUAUGGUCACGACGGCCGUGGGGACUCAGUACUCCAUACACGGGGGAAAAGGCAGGCAGCAGUCCGGAAACAACGCAGGAAGCAUCAGCAAAAGGCAAGCUGCAAAAGGCAUACCUUGUACGUAGAUUUCAGCGACGUGCAAUGGAACGAGUGGAUAGUGGCACCCCCAGGCUACCAUGCCUACUACUGCCAUGGGGAAUGCCCCUUUCCAUUACCAGACCACCUUAAUGCAACUAAUCAUGCCAUUGUGCAGACACUUGUCAACUCAGUAAACUCAAACAUCCCCAGAGCCUGUUGUGUGCCCACCGAACUCAGCCCCAUUUCGUUGCUCUACUUGGACGAAUAUGAGAAGGUGAUUCUGAAAAACUACCAGGAUAUGGUGGUGGAGGGCUGUGGCUGCAGAUGAGAAACAGGUUGUGUGGACACAAAGCGUGAGUGAGCAAGAGAGAAAGAGAGAGAGAGAAAGACUAAGUGUUUAAGCUCUACUAUGGACACCCAGUUUCCCAAUGAAGACAUUUAUUUAUAUGAAAGAAACAAAAUAAUAGAGAUAUUGAGGAAGAAGUGAAAGUAUAUACGAAUAUAUUUAUGUCUACAUAAAGUUGGGAAAAAUAAAUGUUUUAAUCAAAGGAAUAUUCCUUUACUGGUUCUGAAAAAGCAUUUCUGUUGUACAUUUUGAAAUGGGUGCAAUACCACAUGAAGUAUAAUGCUCAGAUGUUUAUUUUGUAUUUAUUUCUAUUAUAACCACUUUAUUUGUAAAUAAAUAAUGUGUAUUUAUCAUAAAAAAAACAUGCAAUUAGUCCAGUUUUGUAAGAUCAGCACCAGCUGUGUCUGAGCAAGGGACUAUAAGGUGAAGACAUAAAGAUGGGUUUUAAAUCCUAACACUACACUAAUUGCAACGAAAGCAAUGAAAUAUUUAGGUAAAUGUAAUUAGAAACUAAAAGCAAAGAUCACUAGCGUAACCAGCUGCAGUAUAGUGCAGGAUCACACGACAAUUUACAUGCCCACAAAUGUAAUAGACUCCCAUGGGAGGAUUAUAAAAACAGUCAAGCAUGUUUUUAUACAUUACAUGUCACUGCAAAGAUUCCUGGGAACAAUCUUCCAAGAGCUAGCUCUAGUGUUUAUUCUUCUCCAAACCAAUAUUAUCAGAGGAAAAAAAGUGUAACUGCAGCGCUUCUGUGGAAGCUCUGACAGGGUUUAUUUACAGUACAAUUUAACAUUGAAAGACUGCACACUGUGUUGAGACAGGGACAGCAACAAGAACAAAUGUCACCAGCAUUUUAAUUAAUUUGGAUAAACAUAUACCUGCACCUGUCUAUAUGCGGCACACGCUCAGACAAAUUGCCACCACAAUGUCUGUCUCUCUUCCUUUGACAUGUUUAAAUCAUGAGGUUUUAAUUAGUUUAAGCUUUCAAGGAAAUGUAUUGCUUCCAAAACAACACAACUGAAGCACAUAAGGCGUAGUAACAGCAAGAGACUCAUGUUUUAUAUGAAGUAUCUUACAAUAUAAAUGCUGAAAACUUAUAACGGGCAUUUGAGCUACAUGAAAGAACAAAUAUACAAUCUGAAUGAAAGAGAACGGCUCAGAACUGCUCCAAAUAACAUAGAGGAGAUAUCUUGUGCUGCCAUAACAUCACAUCAGAUAAUAAGAGACAAAAGAGAAACCCAAAAGAGUUUUGCGGAGUAAGAAUGAGUGCGCUGGCUGCUGUGUUUGCAUUAGAAAGGGUUUUGAGGGAUCACAGUGCAGCUCAAAAUACUUUAAAUAGAAUGUUUUAAUGUGAGUGCACGUUGGGACCAUGGAAUGUUGGUUUUCAAUCUCAGACACAUGCAUAUGCUUGCAUGGAAAACCAACGUGGUUGUUUUUUCAAUCAUCUAUUCAAGGAUUUCCUGGUGGGCUUUUUCUCUUCAAAAACAAAUGUGCAUUAAACAAAGAUAUGCUUGUUACUUAUGUGGUAAACAUACAUGAAAACAUUAAGAAGCCGUGGUGCUUCAUAUAAAAGAUGCAGAAACUCAAACAAAAAAAAGUUGCAGUCUAUAUGAGUUCAUGUUUCCUCUGAGUAAUCAUGCCGAUUGAACUACUCCACAUUCUGUCACUUAAAAAUCAUAAGCCUUAAUGUAAUUUAUUUGAUGUGACAGACUAACACAAAGUAGUGCAUUACUGUGAAGUAGAAGGAGAACGAUAAAUGGCUUUCAAAUGUUUUACAAAUAAAGAUCUGAAAAGUGUGCUGUGUGUUUAUAUUUAAAAACUUUGAGCCAUUACUUUGUAGAACCACAGUUACGGCAAUUAAAGCUGCAAACCUUUGGGGUAUGGCCGAACAAAUAUUAAAUAUGUAUAGAUUGUAGUAUUUACCCAAACUUCAGUACUAAAUACCUCAAGUUCAGUCAGAUUAGAUGGAGCAAGCUUGUUAACAUAGACUCUCACUUGGAUUUAGAUCUGAACUUUGAGUGGGCCAUUCUAUCACAUGAAUGUGCUUUCGUCAAAACAUUUCCACUGUAUCUGACUGAAUGUUUAGGGUCAUUAGAAGAUGGAGAGACGGUCACCCAUCAGUUGUAAGCAGUUUCCCUGUCUCUGCUAAAGAAAAGCAUGCUAAUAGCAGGACGCUACCACUAUAUUUUACUGUGGGGAUUUUGUGUUCAGGGUUAUGUACAGUGUCAGUUUUCUGCUUCAAAAAGUAACAUUUUGAUCUAAAGACCUUUCUUAAGUAUAUAUGUUGUAUCAUCUACAUUUGGUGGAGCAUCUACAUAUUUCUUCUUGGCACACUUCUGUUAUCAUCCAUUAACUACAAGGGCAAACAUUAGUUAAUCAGCAGAUUAUCCCAGGGAUGUGGAUCUCAGUAUCUCAUCCACAGUUAACAUGGGCAUAUAGACUGCUUUUCUGAUUAAUCCUCUCCUUGCACAGCUCAUCAUUUUAGGUAAAUAGCCAAGUGUUGUUAGGUUUGUUGAUGUACAAUUUUCAAAAUUUUUUGGAUGAUGCACUGAACAUUACUUCCAGAUAUGUUUAAAGCUUUAGAAUAUUGUUUGACAAGCUAACCCUCCUUUAAACGUGACGCCUUCAUGAGAUUAUGAUAUUGACUUCACUAAUGUUCCUUAAUUAACUUCAGUGACGAUCAUAGAGCAGCUGUAUUAAUACAAACAUCAAAUUACGCACAAAUGGAAUGGAUUAAAUAAUCAGGUCAUUUCUGGAGGAAAUGGGCUGCACUGGUUUUUAGGGGUAUCUGAUUAAAGGAGGCUAAAGACAAAUGAAUGCUAUCAGAUUUUUAUUUGUUAAAAGUGGUGAAAAUCAUGCAUCCUUCUGAUUCCACUUAUGAGCUUCUUUGUUAUUUACUCCAUGUAGUCCUACUAAAAUUCAUUCUUAUUUUUGGUUGUAGUGAGACAAAAUGUGAAAGAGUUCAAUAGGUGUGAAUAAUUUUCUAAGGCACUUUGUCAAAGCAUGUAACUGUUUAAUUUAUUAUCUUAACAUUCAAACUCAGACUCUUCAACUUCAAUUUUUUUUGCACUUGUUUUUGUUCUGUCCUCCUUCUCCACCCCCUCUUGAUCCCAUCUGGUGUCAAUUUUUUCUUUGUAGAUCCCACCAUACCACAACACUGCACAUGAGCUACACAUACAUCCCCCAGUAGCUGCCCUAUUUUAAUAGACUUUAGGAGGAAGUCACUUUGUUGGCACAUUUACUAAAAAAUCAACACAGAAAAUCUAAACUCCACAACAGUUCCUGCCACAAAUUCCAGCAGUAAUGGCAAGAGUGGGAUGUGGGGAUUUUUUGGAGUUAAAAAAAGUGUUAGAUUUAGUGGCUUUAUAGUUCAAGUCCAUAAAGCUUUCAUUGGGUUGGGUGGAAAUACUGCUCCCAGAGUGGGCGACACAUGGGCAGCACUCCCAAAACCCUACUUCUGCACCCCAUCCCAGCUGAACUGAGUUUCAGUUGUACUAAAACUUGACCACUGUUUCACCACCUACUGGGGUUUCUCGUUUUGGAGCCCUGUUAGUAUCAGAAAGCUCCUAGGGGACCACUUCUAAACUUUUCACUAAGAAGAAGGGAUCAGGGGUCAAAGUAAUAAGGACCAAUUAUCUCCGCCCAUUCUGACUGACUUCCAGGCUCAUCACGUCAUCAUGGUCUAGUGGCUUUGAGUGUGGUCAGCCACUGGAUGGAACUGAGGAUGUGUUUGUUUUUUUACAAUCCAUUCGUUUUAUCCUACUUAGAAACAAUCUUUAUUUUAGCACCAUUUCACCAGAGAUGAUGAUUCAAGAUUGAGCUAAAAAACACAGCUGUUAGUCUGUGUAUUUAGCAAGCUUCUUUUCACCUGCUGCACAGACGUGGACAAAGGCACUUUUAGAAAACAGAUUUUUUUUUCCUUCCCUCUCCGCGAACAUCUGGCAAAUCAGUUAUAGGUGUCCUUCACUGUCUUUGUUUACACACAACAGAGUAACCACACAACUGAUGUACAUAACACUAGGAGCUGGGGCCCACUAGCAUGGUAAGACUCAUUCAUUUUGUUUGUUGCACAGCAAACUUCACCAAAACUGUCUGCAGUUACAAACAACCUGAAUCUUAAGGGUUAUAAAAUCAGAUUUCCAGAUUUCUGGCUGGCCCAGAAUUGGAAAAUAUGUGGCUGUGCUGUGCAUCUUUGAUGAAACAGAGGGCUCCUGAGAUUUCAAUGGGCCCUGUGCCAAAGUGGAGGAUGAAAAUUAGGAGAAAUAUAAAGGGCCACUUUAGAGUAUUUUUGCCAACUUGGGAUCUUUUCUUCUUUAUUUGCAGAACACUAAUUUUAGAGGUGGUGUACAUGGUGUUUCUGUAUUCCGAGAACAGCCAGUAAGAUGACGUCCGGCAUAACUAAGGCUGUGGCAUCUGUGUAGCAGCUCUGAACACAUCAAACAAGCAGGCGUCCACAGUUUCUGGAGCAGAGCAAAGAUGGAAAUUACUUUUCCAGAAUGACUGUAUGGUUGAUAGUGCCUUUGCGUUUAUACAAUUGUUGUCCUUCAUUUUUUUCCAAAUCCAUGCUUCUACCAGCAUAUGAGAACUAAAACGCAUCUAUAAGAUCUUUGCAAAAUAUUAAGAAUUUGUAUUUAAUAAAUUAAACAACUUCCUAAUUUGAAUUGUAUUCCUAAUUCUUAAUUUUAUUUGCUAACUGCUCAGGCUAGUUAGCAAAUACAUUACCACUGUAUGAUUGUUAGUAAUAAACCUGAGUGCAAACUA